GUAUGGUCAACUUCUCAACAUUGUGAAAUACCAAAAGAAAACGCGCAAUGACAUGAAUGACAGACGAGAUUGUUUUCGCGCCAACAGCACAUAGCUUUCUAUUGUGUUCGGUAUUUUGUUUGCAUAUCAGUAAUUUGUGUGCGGAAAUUCAUAGAAAACGUGUUAAAACCAUUGAAUAUUGAACUUUUCUUCCAAAAAUCGAGCGAAAAUAAUAAAAUUAAAGUAAAUUCAUUGUUUUUCUGUUGAAUUAUCAUCGGAAAGUUUCAAACACAACAGCAAAAUGGGUACAUCAGCAUUGAGCACGGGCUGUUUGCUGCAAAUUAUGACUGGUGACGGACAGUACGAGGGCGAGCCAAUUUUGCAAGUGCUCGGUUCAAAGCGUAUUGCCGGCGGCAAUGCUGAACGAUACCGUUUGUUGCUCUCCGAUGGCCAGUAUUUACAAAGUUUUUCCAUGCUGUCGACACAAUUGAACCAUUUGGUGAAUGAAGGACAAUUGGUUGAGUUCACAAUCAUCAAAGUGAACCAGCACAUCACGUCGGUGGUCAAUAAGAAUGAAAAUGAUGAAAGUCGUCGGGUGUUGAUCAUCAUCGCAUUGGAAGUGUUGAAACCGGGUGUAGAAGUGGGCGAAAGAAUUGGUGAUCCAAUUAGUUUGACUGAAGUGAACAAGCCAAAAGCGGCCACAGCGCCAGAGCCACAACGAAAUGUUUUGAAUACCAAUUCAAAUGCAAAUACAUUGCCACCACCACCGCAGCGCACACAAAAGCCAUCGAUGAAUGAAUCGAUGACAUUUGAUGGCCGUGCCACGAUUCCAAUCAGCGGAUUGAGCCCAUACCAGAACAAGUGGGUUAUUAAGGCUCGUGUCACCGCCAAGCCAGCGAUUCGACACUGGAGCAAUGCUAAGGGUGAAGGCAAGCUCUUCAGCAUGGAUCUGAUGGAUGAAAGCGGACAAAUUCGUGUCACAGCGUUCCGUGAUCAAGUCGACAAAUUUUAUGAUAUGAUCGAGGUGGACAAAGUCUACUAUAUCUCGAAAGGACAACUGAAGCCGGCCAACAAAACCUAUUCCAACAUACCAAACGAUUACGAAAUGACUCUCACGAAUGAGACUGUGAUUCAGGAAUGCAUCGAAAAUUUGGACGAUGUGCCAACGGUCAAGUAUGACUUUGUGCCGAUCAGUGAGAUUGCAGACAAGCCAGCAAACACGAUUGUCGACAUAAUCGGUGUUUGCCGUGACGUUGGCGAAUUGAAUGCAUUCACGGCCAAAUCGACUGGGAAGGAGUUGAAGAAACGCGACAUUACAUUGGUUGAUAACUCUGAUGCAUCGAUUAAUCUAACACUAUGGAAUGCAGAUGCCGAGAAUUUCAACGAUUAUGGCCAACCCGUUCUAUUGGUCAAAGGUGGGCGUAUCGGUGAAUUUGGUGGCGGAAAGUCGAUUGCAAUGAUCGGUAGCACUGUGCUGAAGAAGAACCCCGACUUGAAGGAAGGUCAUUUCUUGCGCGGCUGGUUCGACAAUGGCAACGGUCGAGAGGUUCGAAACAGCAUUUCAGCACAAUCUGGCGGCGGCGGUGGUGGUGGUAACUAUGCCGCCGAAUGGUUAACAUUCCACGAGGCUAAAUUGAAGAAUCUCGGCAAUGGCGACAAACCGGAUUACUUCCAAAUCAAAGGCAUCGUCAGCCUGAUUCGAAACACAAAUGUUGUGUACAAGGCCUGUUCACAGGAUCCAUGCAAGAAGAAGGUCGUUGACAUGCAAAACGGCCAAUAUCGAUGCGAAACUUGCAACGUUGAAUCCGCCAACUUCAAGUAUCGCAUGAUUGUCAACAUGAGCAUUGCUGAUUGGACAUCCAACCGUUGGGCAACAGUGUUCACAGAUGAUGCCGAAAAGAUGCUUGGCAGAACAUCCGAUGAGAUUGGUUACAUGGUUGAUAACGAUCCAGAAGCAUUGAACACAUUCCUUCAGGAGCAACAUUUCCGGUCAUUCACGUUCAAAUUGCGCACAAAGGUCGAAACAUAUGGCGACAGCCAACGCAACAAGAUUUCGGUCCAAGCCGCCACGCCGCUCAACUACAAGGAAUACAACGACUACUUGAUCAAGAACAUUCAGCGGCUCACCGGCGUUGGCAAACAUUGAAUUUUAUGUUUUGAAAUGUGCCCAACUGUCAGCCGGUAUGAUAAGCAGAUAUUCAGCUCCAAAAGCCAAUUGAAUCGAUGGCUUAUAAUAUUAUUAUCAUUCAUUUUUUUUCUUUUUUUCUCAUCACAAUAAAAAUACACUCGCGAAUAAGCAAGAAAACAUUCAUUAGAAUAGGAUUUUUGGAAGCAUUCCCAUAUGGGAAAUGGAAUAAAGAGAACAUUUACCACAGUGCCA